CAGGAGGAGGGGUUGAGUUUCCCUAAGGUGGAGCUGCAUCUUGUAUGAAAUUAUUACAGAUUAAAACCCUGCGAUGGAGAAGGGCUUCAAGGCUGAGUCCAAAGGCUAGAAGUCUCUCUUAUUUGCGCCUAUCCCCCAGCCUCCGGCCACCUCUUGACUAAGAACAAACCGAGCUAACGAGAAAGACCAGAGGGAAAGAGGAAAGGGGCAUCGCCGCCGCUUGGAUCAUUUAAAAAGAAAAGGCAGGGAAGAAGACACCCACCCCGCCAGCCCCGCGCUCGGCUUCUAGAUCCUGCUGAGCGCCUCUUUUAUUUCCUGCACCCACCCACCCCCCACCCCGAAGCCCGCAAACGGUUAACUCACUGCCAUGCAGAAAGUCAGCCCAGCUGGGAAGUCUGCUGUGCAUGUUAAUUGAGGCGAAGGGAUAACUGUUUACAGGAUGAUCUAGUAGUGGCUGCCCUUCCUCCCUCCUCCUCCUCCUCCUCCUUUUCUCGCGGCUCGUUGGGAUGGUUGGCGCUGCUACCUCCUUUGGACCGAGGAUUUUCACUUCCCGGGACUAGAGAGCUACGCGGGAGUUGCCUUUCCCGGUGGGGGAAACGGGGCGGAAAAAAACAGGAGGGAAGGAAGGAAGGAAAGAAAGUCUGCGUUUCGGGAGAAGGGAAGGGAUUUCUCUCGGAACGGCCGAUCCUGUGCCAUAACCGACUUUGUCAGUGGGUGUAGCUGCUGUGCAGCUGGAGAUUCCAUCACAGACAGACCUGAUAUCAGUGGUGGGAUUCAACUGGUGUAACAACUGGUUCGGUGAACGCAUGCUUCGCAUUUGAACAUAGGAAGAAAACAUACCUUUUCCUGCAGCCCCGACGCUGUUGGAUUACCAUGAAGCUCUGGAUAAUCGCAUUAAGUUUAAUGGGGGUUGCUUGUGAUGUGCUAUAUUCUGAACUAGCAUCAUCUUCAACUGUUGGCUCUUGUGAAAGCUUGUGUUUUUGUGAAGAAAAAGACAGCAUCUUAAUUAUAAGCUGUGAAGAAAGAGGCAUCAAGGAGAUAUCCCAAGUACAUGUUCCACCAUCUCGGCCUUUCCAACUGAGUCUUUUAAACAAUAGUUUGACUGUGUUACAGGUCAACGAUUUUGCCAGCUUUAUCAAUGCUAUCACAUUGCACCUUGGAUUUAAUUACAUUGUGGACAUUGAACCAGGGGCAUUUAAUGGGCUAAGUCUCCUUAAACAACUCCAUAUCAACCACAAUUAUUUAGAAAUACUUAAGGAAGACACUUUCCAUGGACUGGAAAACCUGGAGUUCCUUCAAGCAGACAAUAAUUUCAUCACAAUAAUUGAAUCAAGUGCCUUCAGCAAGCUCAACAGGCUUAAGGUGCUUAUUUUAAAUGACAAUGCCAUUGAAUUUCUUCCUCCCAACGUAUUUCGCUUUGUUCCAUUAACUCACCUGGAUCUUCGAGGGAACCAACUACAAACACUACCUUAUGUCGGUUUUUUAGAACACAUUGGCCGAAUCCUAGACCUUCAGCUAGAAGAUAACAAAUGGAUCUGUAAUUGUGACCUACUAGAGUUAAAGAGUUGGUUAGAAAACAUGCCUCCUCAGUCCAUAAUAGGGGAUGUUGUGUGCCACAACCCUCCCAUUUUGAAAGGUAAUAUUUUAAGCAGAUUAAAGACAGAGGCACUUUGUCCAACUCCACCCCCAAAUGACCUUGAUUCUCCAUCAGGCUCGUUGCCUUUGGUGAUUACAACAUCAAUAAGUGAUAGUCAUUUCUCAACCAAGGUGAUACCUAUUUUUAAAACCCCCACCAAGGAAUCCAGUUUAACACCCCAUGUUACAAAACCAGCUACUCUUCUUCCCGGAGUAUAUUGCCCUAUACCUUGUCAAUGCACCAGCAAUAUCCUUUCAGGGAUUUUGAUGCAAUGUCAGGAACAAAACAUUGAAAGCUUGUCAGAUUUAGGUUCUCCUCCCCCCAAUCCUAAAAAGUUGAUUCUUGCUGGAAAUAUAAUCCAGACAUUACUGAAAGCAGAUCUUGUGGGUUAUGACAGUUUAGAGAUGCUUCAUUUGGGAAACAAUCGUAUUGAGAUGUUAGAAGCAGGAUCCUUUAUAAAUCUCACUGAAUUGCAAAAAUUAUAUCUCAAUGGCAACCAUCUCACUAAACUAAACCGUAAUUUGUUUUUAGGUCUGCAGUGCCUUGAGUAUUUGUACCUCGAAUAUAAUGCCAUCAAGGAGAUUUUACCAGGUACUUUUAGUCCAAUGCCAAAACUUAAAGUCCUGUACCUAAAUAAUAAUCUCCUCCAAACUUUACCAUCUCAUAUCUUUUCUGGAGUUCCAUUAGCCAGGCUGAAUUUGAAAACCAACCAGUUUUCCCAUUUGCCCAUAAAAAAUCUCUUAGAUGAUCUAGAUCUACUAGUACAAAUUGAAUUAGAAGACAACCCCUGGGAUUGCACUUGUGAUUCGGUCGGGCUACAACAAUGGAUACAAAAACUAAAUAGGAAUACAAUGAUGGGAGAAAUUCUCUGUACCUCUCCAAGACAUCUAGCUAAAAAGGAGCUGAAAUCUCUGAACAGUGAUAUGUUAUGUCCCAUUUUAAUGAACAGUCCAGCUCUCCCAACUCAUCCUAGCUUCCUAAUCAUCACAACAUCAUCAACCACCACCAGUACGGCGGACACUAUUCUGAGAUCACUCACUGAUGUUAUCCCUCUCUCUGUUUUAAUUCUGGGGCUCUUGAUUGUGUUUAUAACAAUGAUUUUCUGUGCGGCUGGCAUUGUUGUUCUUGUUCUACAUCGACAGAGGCGGCACAAAAAGAAACAAACAGAAGAACAAAUGCGGGACAACAAUCCAGUUCAGCUUCAAUACAGCAUGUAUGGUCAUAAAACAACACACCAUACUACCGAACGUCCAGCCUCAACUUUGUAUGAACAACGUAUGAUCAGCCCCAUGGUUCAAGUUUAUCGUAGCCCAUCUUUCAACUCCAAAUUUGCAGAGCAUCAAGAUGAAAGGAAUGAUAAGGAGGGGAACGAUUGCAAACACCUUCGGCGAAGUCUCUUAGAGAAGGAGCACUCCUCUCCUCUUACUGGGGGUCCAAAUGUCAAGUACAAAGCUACAGACCAAUCAGCUGAUUUUUUGUCCUUCCAGGACACAAGCUCAUUGUAUAGGAAUAUUCUUGAGAAGGAGCGAGAACUCCAACAAUUGGGGAUAACGGAGUAUCUUCGAAAAAGCAUCGCUCAGCUACAUCCUGAGAUGGAAGUACAUUAUCCAAGAGCUCAUGAAGAAUUAAAACUGAUGGAGACACUUAUGCUGUCCCGGCCAAGAAAAGUUUUACUAGAACAGACUAAAAAUGAAUAUUUUGAGCUAAAGGCCAACCUGCAUGCUGAACCUGACUACUUGGAGGUUUUGGAACAGCACACAUGAAAGGAAAUGCUACCUUUGAAGGCUUUGAAUAAGAAACUCUUAGGCCUGUCUUAUAUUUGAGAACUUUGUAAAUAAAAGUGCCUUAUAAUAAUGUGUCACCAAUCAGAACUUUAAGCACAGCAGUAAUCUGAGUGAAAAGAAACUCUCAGGGAUAACUGUGUGAAGCCAUGGGAAAGUUUUCAGGCUAUGUAUAUCUAACCCCCAUUUUAAAUGGGAACUUUGUAUAACUGGAUUUUGGGAAGAAAUUCAGUUGGCUUGGCCAUAUUCCUCUAGGUGUGUAUUGCAGUCCCUAAUGUUUCUUUUUUUAAAUUGUUGAUUUUGCUAAACAGACUUUUAAAGCAUUUGUAUUUUUCGGUUCCCUUCUUAUUUUUCCCAUGAAGGCAAUAUUUAAUUAAAAACCUACAAGGAUCUACUUAGCCAGCUGCUAGAAAGUAAGAAACAUUAGCUAUGGAUGAGUCCAUAUAUAUGAACAAAUUCUACAUGGAAGUAGUACGUAAUAAUUAUAAAGGGAACUCUAUGUUUUUGUUUCAAAAGAAAGAAAACAUUUUUGAACUUCCAAGGACUGCAGUAUUUAGGUACCUUUAAUUUGGAAUGUUGUUUAUAAAAAAAAGGGGGGGGGGGUUGGAAUGGGAAAGUGGUAUAUUAUGCAGGAAUUUAAAAGAUAUAAUGGAAACCUUUUGUGACUUUCCCUCGAUGGCAUUUUUAAUCACAUUUUGGGACAAUCUUCAAUAUAAUGCUGCUACAUAGACUCCUGUGCGACAUUGGAUUGACACUUGUACUUGGGAAGUUUGAAACGCUACUGAGAAUUUAAUGUAAAUAUAUUAGUAUAUUGAUGCACCCAAUUUUUAUUUUAUUUUUUAACUGUAUUUAUAUGAUUGGCUCCCAUAGUAAUUUUUGAUAACAUCACUUUGCUGUGGCCAGUAAAUUUCAGACUGCAAGCCAGACAAGAAAUAAGUCAUCAGAACUUGUUUCUGGCUGUGAACACUCUGUCUUUGCCAUAAUGACAUGGCAAAAGAGCAUUUCUCAGCCCUCCCCCACCCCCAAAAAAUGUCUGGCUUAAACACAGUAGGUGAGUAAAAUAAAGAAAAGUCACAAACCUAGGAAGUUGCAUUGAGAUUAAUUAUUGUAAUCUUAUGGGUACAUGCUUAGAUACAUGUCUUUGCAACAUUUGUGUGGGUAUGCUAAUGUUGCAUACGUAGAUGUCAGUGGCUAACCAUGUAAAAGGUUAGCAACCUCUGCAGAACUCCACAGCUUGGUGUGUAUAGAAUUGUGGUCAAGUUUAAAUACAAUGAUGUUCUUUGUCAUACUUGAUCUCAUGUGUAAACACAGCUCACAUUUAAUAAGGCCUAAUCUACAAUCCAAACUUUGCUUCCAAGAAGAAGAAAAUUGUCCAAUCCAAUUCUAUUUCACAAGUCUGUCUCUGUGUUUUUAAACACAGAUUUGCUGCACUCACAAUUUAGAUUGUGUGUGUGUGUGUGUGAGAGAGAGAGAGAGAGAGAGGGAGAGAGAGA